AUGCCUCCCAAGACUGGCCGCGGUCGCAGAGCAACGAACACGCCACGAAAAUCAACAGGCAGCGACCGGGCGGCAGCAAGCGCUUCGAAAGCCGCUGCGACUACAUCGCCAUCCGCUUCCAAAGUGCGCAAGACCGCCAGACCAUCCCGGGGGGGCAAGAAACCAGCCGGCAAGAAGCCCAGAGCGUCCGAUGUCCAACCUGGUGACCCUACCCCACAAGGACGUUCACGCCGCUACAAGUCUGGGACUGUGGCCCUUAAAGAGAUCCGCAAGUACCAGCGUUCUUACGAUCUCCUCAUUUCAAAGCUCCCUUUCGCUCGGCUGGUCCGCGAGGUCGCGCUUGAUCUGCUCCCUUCAGAUGUAGGCUCCGAGCUGCGGUGGCAGUCGCAUGCGAUCCAGGCGCUCCAGGAAGCCGCCGAAGCUUUUCUUGUCCAUCUGUUCGAGGAUACCAAUCUCUGCGCCAUCCACGCCAAGCGCGUGACCAUCAUGCAGAAAGACAUCCAACUGGCUCGGCGCAUCCGCGGUGUCUGGGGUGGUCUUGGUUAA